CGCCAUUUGUACCAAUGGAAACAUUGUCAACCAAUAGAAGAAUCUACGUGCAAUCAUUUUGUUGCUGUCAGAUAUUUGUGUGCAAAAUACUUUCUAAAAUACUGAGACACUUUAAAUGAAUUGAUGGACUGACUAAAGUGGAUCAGAUCUGGUGAUGUAUUGUUGAAACAUGAAACAUGGAUGGUGACAUAGAACCUUUGGUAAUAGAUAAUGGUACCUGGAUGAUAAAGGCUGGCAAUGCUGGUGAUAAAACAGCCAGAGUGUAUGUUAGGACAAUGAUUGGUACAACACCCGCUGAUCAUGACAGUGCAGGUAUAAAGCUUUUUGGAGAUAAGAUUUAUUCUAACAAAGAGUGCACAUUGACUUUUGCUAUGGACAGAGGGGCUGUUUGUAACUGGGAUUAUAUGGAAAGCAUCUGGGAGUAUAUUUUCAUGAAUGAAAUACAAGACGGUAUUGAGGGGCGCCAUGUUCUUAUAACAGAGGUACCAGGAAACAGUCCUAGUAAUAGACAAAAGAUGGUAGAG